AUGGCGACGCCAGAUUUGAUCCGAUCUAAGUUUGCAGCACUUAAUAGUGGAUCUCAGGAAGAAAUAACAAGUGUUUCUUCAUGGGUUUUAUUUCACAGAAGAAGUGCAAAACAAAUUGUUGAGACAUGGAUGCAAAGUCUUCGAGAUGCAUCUGGUUUGAGAAAAUUGAAUUUGAUUUACUUAGCAAAUGAUGUGACACAACAAUCUAAAGCUCGUAAACGUGAGGAAUUUGUGAAUGCUUUUUCAACAGUUAUUGCUGAAGCAAUGGAAAAUGCAUAUCGGCAUGGAACACAAGAUGUUCAAAAUAGACUUAAACAUGUGGCAAAUGUAUGGGAACAAAGGAAUGUUUUUUCUGAAAAUGUAAUUAUGGAUGUUAAUAAAAGAUUAGAAAUUGCAGAAAAAAGUGUAAAAAAAUCACUAUCUGGUGGUAAAAUGGGAGGAUUAUUAAAAUUAUCUUUAGCCCCAGAACUGUCUAAAAUUAAUUUAUUGUAUCAUAGCCUUAUUGAAUCAAUUUCAUCAUCAUCAUUGGCAAUUGGCUCUUCAUUUGGCUUUUAUUCGCAACUUAUAGAAGCGGAAGCUACACCUGCUUCACCAUUAUAUGUUUCAAAGCUUUUUCAAUUAUUAGAAUCUCUUAAAUUAUCUUAUAGUACUUCUAAAGCAGCAAUUUUGGUACGUGAAGAUAUUAUCAAACAAUUAGAAGCCCUUCUUCAAGAGAAUAAUUCUAUGUUGAGUAAGGAAAAUGAACAACUCAAUGAAAUUCAAAAAAAAAUAGAUCAUGUUAAUGAUAUGAAACAACAAGUUGAAAAAAUGAUAACGGAUAUGUUAGAAACAUCAGAAGAUGAAAACCCUAGCUCUUCUACUGCUAUUAAAGAGGAGUUUUCUUCUAAAGAUCAACAGACUUUAUUAUAUGAGGAAUCUUCAGAGCUUCCUGUAAUUAAUGAUGGAACAAAAAUUGAUUCUGAAGUUUUGGAUUUAAAAAAAGUAUCAAAUAAUUUAACAUAUGAAUAAUUAAUGGCUAUUUUUUUAUAAAAGUAUUUUUAAAAUCAU